GCGCGGGGCCUCCGGUCGCGGACGCCUGGCCUCUUUCAGCGAGAAAGUCGCCCCCUUGGGGCAGUUCGUCCCAAAGGGUUUCCUCGAAAGUGUCUGCGAGGGCGCAGUUGUGGAGGGAGUCGCUGUUUAGCCCUGGAGGCGACCACCUAAGAAGAUGCCUGCCUUCCGCGGAGCGCUCCCCCUGGCUUCCUUCCUACUCGUCUUCUGGGGCGUCUGCUCCCCCGUGUGCGUGGAGGUGCCCUCGGAGACAGAGGCCGUCCAGGGCAACGCCAUGAAGCUGCGCUGCAUCUCCUGCAUGAAGAGGGAGGAGGUGGAGGCCACCACGGUGGUGGAGUGGUUCUACAGGCCUGAGGGCGGUAAAGAUUUCCUUAUCUAUGAGUAUCGCAACGGCCACCAGGAGGUGGAGAGCCCCUUCCAGGGGCGCCUGCAGUGGGACGGCAGCAAGGACCUGCAGGACGUGUCCAUCACGGUGCUCAACGUCACCCUCAACGACUCUGGUCUCUACACCUGCAACGUGUCCCGGGAGUUUGAGUUUGAGGCGCACCGCCCCUUCGUGAAGACCACGCGGCUGAUCCCCCUCCGGGUCACCGAGGAGGCCGGAGAGGACUUCACCUCCGUCGUCUCGGAAAUCAUGAUGUACAUCCUCCUGGUCUUCCUCACCUUGUGGCUGCUCAUUGAGAUGAUCUACUGCUACCGGAAGGUCUCCAAGGCUGAAGAGGCCGCCCAGGAGAGCGCGUCCGACUACCUGGCCAUCCCAUCAGAGAACAAGGAGAACUCGGUGGUGCCCGUAGAGGAGUAGAAGGGGUGCGGCUCGAGGUGAUGUACAGGAAACAGGAGGGAAGGUGGAUAAGGAUGGCAGAUAGUACAGCGACUUUAAACUCGGGCCCUUGGAUUACUUUGUACCCUACCCAAGUCCCGCCCUCAGGAUACUGCUUUAAGUUGAUGCCCGACUCACAACUUAAUGUCAAGCCCUUCAGAAGGGAAUUGCUUUGGCUGAGUGUUGGGGCAACUGGAACUCCUUCCCCGUAGUGACGCAGGCAGAGUAGUUCUCCCAGUCCCUCCUUGUAAGGAUGUGCGUCUGGUCAGAGCCUGUGCUGCUGGGCGGGGCCUCCUCAGUGAGCUGUGCUGCCAGUGACAGGUGACCUGAACACAGGGACCGGGAGCCCAGGUUCAGUGAUGUCACAGCACCAGGAGGUGCCCCGGAGGCCACACCGCCCCCCUCCCCUCUGGCCUCCUAACUCCAUCCGACCUCUACACACCAUCAGACUCUGCCCGAGCUGAGGAGCCAACAUCUCUCCACAGACGCCCUCACCCCGCCUAGCGUUUGCGCAGCAGCAGCCACGCCCACUGGACUGCUCCCCUGGGCCCCGAGCGACUGUGAACACGUGUGGAGGCAGCACAGCCUCUGCCCGUCACUGGAACUGGCUCAUGCCCGCUGACUGCUACACGUGAAGGGCUGUCUUUGUGGACGGAAGCCAGGUGACCAGCAGAGGAAAGCAAAUGAGUGUCAUGGGGUGGAAUUUCUUGAAGCCAGUGUUUCCGAGGCCUCGACCCCCUUGACCAGAGCGCCAGAGCCAGGCAUGCUUUUCUGGGUUCAACGGCGACGGGAGUUCCUGCUGGAGGACGAAGAUGUUCCCUGGGGCUCGGUUCUCCAGGGCUAGAACCCAGGUCUCUAAGGCCCCGCUGGUCUCAGUCCUUCCAGAAGCCAAGCACAAGGGACUUGGGAGACACUCAGCAAUUUGAAUGGCUUUUAAAAGUCACACAACAUGUUCACGAUCCUAUUGACAUGUAUGCCCUCCACCUCCCGCCGCCACGCCAUCCCGCCCUCAUAACCCCUCCGCCCCACGCCCAGC